CCUGCCUGAAGUGAUGGCUCAGGUCCAGGCCACCACAGACACUGAAGUGACUCUGCAGAACAUCCAGGAACUGUACCGGAAAUUCACCCAUGAAUGUCCGAGUGGAAACCUGCACCUGCAUGAAUUCAAGAAAAUCUUUGGCGUCAGCAGCAAAUCAUCAGAGGAGGAGGUGGCUUUCAUUGAACUUGUCUUUAAAUCCUUUGACACCAAUAAGGACGAUAAGUUGGACUUCAUGGAGUAUGUGGCAGCCGUGAACCUCGUUCUUCGUGGAAAACUCAUCGACAAACUGAAGUGGUCUUUCAAAAUUUACGACAACGAUGGGAACGGCUGCCUGACCAAUCAGGAAGUGAGGCGUAUCAUCAGAAUCAUCACCAAAAUUAAAUGGCACAAUGAUUCGAAUGUGGAAACUGUCGACUUCAUCUGCAACAGGAUAUUUGAGCUGACAGACAAAAACAAAGACAGUCAGAUAUCUUUGGAGGAGUUUAUCGAGGGAGCAGAGAAGGAUCCGUGGCUCAUGGAGCAGCUCCGACUGGACUUGGCGCCUAAAAACUGGUUCAUUAGAACCCAGGAGAAGAAGAAGUGA